CCAGAAUCAUAUCAGCGCCCAUUGCCCCGACUGCAGCCAUGUCGCAGGGGUCGUCAGUGGCAGCAUCGGGGCCUGUGUCCGCGUCGAAUGCCGAAAAGACCGCGACUGCGACUGCGACUGCUUCCGCCAGGCCUCCGUCAACGGCCCCGGUCCCGAGCCAAGGCCCAGGAUCCAAGUUGCGCAGUUGUCUUGUAUGCCGCUCUCGCAAGGUUCGCUGUGACAAGCAGUCCCCCUGCUCCAAUUGCCGCCGGGCAAACAUCGCCUGUGUGAUUCCGUCAGCCGACCGCCCGCCGAGGUGGGCGCGCCGUCUCCAUCAUCUCACCAACAAGGCCCCAGCAUCAAACACUUCUGCACCGCAGGACACCAAUGCGGACCUGGACAAAGUCAUGGAGAGACUGCACAAUCUGGAGCAUCUGGUGAAGGAGCUGAGUGACCAGCUGGAACAGGCUCGAGCAGCAGCGACGAGUUCGACGGGCGGGAGCGCGUCUGAAGUCAACUCCCCUGAAAGCUCGACCCAGCAUCGCGACCUAGAGCACGAGAACAAUCCGUCAUCACCCGCCACAGAUAUCAGCAACAUCCGCAGGCAGUUUGGCCGCCUGGUGCUCCAGGAUGCCAGUCGUAGCCACUAUGUGAGCAGCGCCUUCUGGUCCCGGGUCGACGACGAGCUCGAUGGCCUGGAUAUGGACGCUUUCGGUCUGACAGCAGACGACUCUGACGGCUCGUGGGAUGAGCCAUCUCCUGAAAGGGCACCAUCUUCCCUCGAAAUCGAGCGCACGCCGUCAGAACGCCAUGCGUUCUUGUUUCGACACAAUCUAGCUCCUUCAGCUCCCAAUCUCCACGAGUUACGCCCAUUGCCCUCGCAGAUCCCAUCUAUCCUCGACAUUUUCUCGAGAAAUGUAAAUGUCUUCAUGCAAAUCGUCCAUAUACCGACCAUCACUAAGAUGGUCUCUGGUCCUGAGAGUGUUCGCACGACUCAGCUCACACCCUCUGAUGAAGCCUUAAUAUUCUCGAUCUCGUACGCCGCUGUGACUUCCAUGGAGGAAGACGAUGUCAUGACCCAUUUCGGCGCUCCAAAAUCCGAGCUGAGUCUCAAGUAUCGACUCGGCCUGGAGCAUUGCCUCGCUAAGGCUGAUUUCCUGACCGUCCCCAACCUGGCCCUAGUUCAGGCAUUUGCCCUCUUUCUAUGUCUCGCUCGACGACAUGACAGCCCGAGGUUUGUGUGGAUGAUGACUGGGCUCGUCAUCAGAAUGGCCCAGUUCCUGGGCUUGCAGCGGGAUGGAGUCCAUUUCAAGCACCAGGCCCCGUUCGAGAUUGAGAUGCGGAGACGCCUCUGGUGGACUCUGUGCAGACUGGAUUUGAGAGCGUCCGAGGACCAAGGGACGGAUCUGACGAUAGUGAACGGCAGCUUCGACACGAAAAUCCCCUUGAACAUCAACGAUGCAGACAUCCACCCUGAGUCAAAGCUGACGCCCACAGAGCGCUAUGGCGUGACUGAUAUGACAUUCGCACGCAUCUCCGCUGGAAUCGUCGAUGUCAUGAGGCAGAUGAUGACCUUGAGUGCCGGUGACGGCGUGGCAGGUCUUGAGCACCAGAACCAUCUCUUGAACGAGAUCUAUCAAAAAUUCGAACAGGAGUACUUCCAGCACACGUUUGAAUCGGGCAAUAUUGCCUACUGGGUCGCCGUCACCGUCGCACGGAUGGUCAUGGCCAAGAUGACGCUCAUCGUCUUUCUCCCUGCCCUCUUCUCCACACCAGGCGAACACAUCUCGGACGAGAUACGAAUCAAAUUACUGGUCUCGGCCAUCGAGGUCGCAGAGUACAAUCAUGCCCUGAAUACCGAACAAGCAUGUCGACAUUGGCGUUGGCUUUACCAAAGCCACACUCAUUGGCACGCCAUUGUGUAUCUCCUGAUCGAGAUCUCACAACGGCCUUGGUCGUCGACGGUCGAAAGGGCUUGGGUUGCCCUGCACAGCAAAUGGCUGAUCCCAACCCAGGCCCUAACAGAUAAGAACCUUCGCAUCUGGAUUCCGCUACGAAAGCUGAUGACCAAAGCCCUGAAGCAUCGCGACGCCGAACUCCAAAGGCUACGAGCAGAUCCACAGGCAGCUGCAAUGCUAGAAAUUGAGGAUAUUAAGAACCCGGUGCCCGCAAGCUCUGGUCCGUUCUCAGCCGGAUCCAGUGUCGACGUCUUCCGUGAGCGAUGGCGGCAGCUCGUAGCCAUGCCGACGGAACCCCCUGACCAGAGAUACGCAUCUCAAGCCCCUAACAUGGGACUUGCCGGCCCUACCGUACAUGGAAUCUACACUCAACCAUUAUCUGCCGGCUUUGUUCCUUCGGGUGGCCUUGGGGAUCUGGAUUUCCACGUGCCGGUCGAAACGCCGUAUCUCGGUACGAAUGGACAGCAGUUCAACGUUCCCAAUCCCAACAAGCCUAAACCUCCGAUUACAACGGAUGUUUUCGGCGCAUUGGCCUCAAAUCAGGCUCAGGAGCAAUCGUACAAUUCCAAUUCUACGGUCCCGCAUGAGUGGGCAGAUGGUCGUACCAUGGGGCCUGGUUUCUACCCUUGGCUAUGGGCGGACGCUGACCCCUCGGUCGAUGUAUUCUCCAACUGGGACGUGGAUUCCGUCGAUGCCAAUAUAGAUCUGGGCGGUGAGGUGAACUGGUAUGACUGGGUUAAAUCUGCCAGAGGCACGGAGUGGGAUGCAAGGCCAAUGUAGCACUCGACGGACAGAGUUCCCUGAAAUCCCGAGCAGGGAUCCGAGGCGGAAAUUGAGCAUUGUUUCCAUGCGAAAUAGCUGUCCUUGAGCGAAUACGCUUGCCAUGGCAGAGUAGAUGCUUUCCCCUUUGAGAAUUUCAAAGCUCUAGACAGAGUGGAGAGUGACCCUCCGAAAUCAAAUGACCCUCUGAAAACUCCCUUUGCAGCAAAUGCGACAAUCUUAUAUACAGCCAUCCUUCCCAGAAAUCGCAAACCAACUCAACAUCACUCCCUCCAGAUAAAGAG